GUGGUGUGCAGUGCGCCGAGCCGGACGGAGACUGAGGACCGCCUGCAGCUGCGAGACAGGAGCGCCCCGGAGUGCUGACGUGCUGACGUGAUGGCCUGGUAGCCUGCAGCCGGCAGCCGAGGACUCUGCGAUGCUGGUGCUGUGCUACGUGCUGGGGGGCGUGGCGCUGCUCGUGCUCACGCUCUACCUCACGCUCGAGUUCCACUACUUCAUGCGCAUGGCCAUCAGCGUCCUCAUCGCCAGGUUCUUCAAGUCAAAGGUCGCCAUCCUCGACGAGACCUACACCUAUGGUGUGUGCCUCACGACGGACGUGGACACGCUGCUAUUCCACAUGAACAACGCGCGCUACCUGCGCGAACUGGACUUUGCCCGCGUCGACUUCUACGAGCGCACCGGGCUGUACCGCAAGAUCCGACAGAAGGGAGGCGCCGUCGUCCAGGGCGCCUGCACCAUCCGCUACCGCCGCUUCGUGCGGCCCUUCUCCAGGUUCAAGAUCACCUCCAAGGUGAUCUACUGGGAUACGAAGUCGGUGUUCAUGGAGCACCGAUUCAUCACGCCCAAGGAUGACUUCGUGCGCGCCAUCGUGAUCUGCCAGCAGCGGGUCAUCAAUUGCAACGCAGAGGAUAUCAUCAGCGAGUUGCUGGGCGCCAAGGACGAGGAGGUGGGCAGCCGCAAGCCGCCGCUGCCCCUCGAGGUGGCAAAGUGGAUAGAGAGCAACGAGAUCUCGAGCGCCAACUUGCGCAACGGCUGCUGACCCCGGCCCGCGGGGGCGCCUCCCACCCCCAACGGCGUCGCCGCCCCCGAGCCAGAGCGUCCCCCCGUCCCCGCCCCCGAGUGCCCUCCCGCCCCCAACGGCGUCCCUGUUCCGGAGGCUGACCCUGUCAACUAGACUUGGCCCCUCUGGCAUUAUUUAUUCCUCUAGCAGGGCUCACGGAUCGGCUGGCGAGUGAAAAAGACUGACAGCAGUGCUUAUCUCCCCAUUUGUGACAAUCAGUAAUACGAAAGGGAAACGAAACUCAGGUUUCUAUCUAGAGACCUGCAACUAGUCGAGGAAUCACUUUUCUGUAGCCUCCCCGCUACAGACAAUAUAUUUAUUCGUCGCUGACAACAGCUGUACGUUCUUAUCUAAGUCAAGAGGAAGUAAGUUGUUUCCUAAGUUAAAUGUAAGAUGUGGAACAGUGCAGUACGCUUCUAUGUAACUGGUUGCACCCCCUAAAUAUUGUGAUGAGGCUACCCUCAAAAAAUAUUCAGAUUUAUCUGUAUUUGUCUCUUUCACUAGUGAUCUGUCCUACCUAUGCAUAAUAUUUUAAAAAUCCGGAAGUCAGUCUAAAAUAUCGAUUUAAAAAUUAACUCCACACAUUUCAUGUCAAAAAAUACUGGAUAGUAUACCAAACCACGGUUCACCAGCAGUUUCAACCAUUUGAGGAUGAUCUCCGAUCAGGUCUGAUAAUUUUAGCAAAUGACAAAGUUCUUAUGUGAAAUGCUGUAGCAUGACAAGUAUAUUGCUGUUGGAAUAAUGCAUAAAGUGUGAGUUAACAAUGAAUAUGUCGCUCACUGUGACCUGUUACAUUUAGAAUUUAGGAAACCAAAGCACAUUAAAUAUGAGCUGUCAACUGGACAAAUGCAUGUAAUAUUAAAAUUAAACUGCUGCUUAUUUUAUCAACGACUUUGUAAGUGCAUAAGGUUCCUCAGUUAAGUCUAAAGUCUUUUUUAACUUUUUGUACAUUUAUAUACAUCCCUACUACUUCAAUGCCUGUCAUGUGCCCAUCUUCUGCCUUAGGCACACACAAAAAGUAGUCAUAUCAACACGAAAGGAUGAAGACUGUUGUAGUCAAACAGAAAAUUUCAUUACUGGCUUCUAAAUCAUAUUUUUUUCCUUCUAUUCUAAGUAAAAAAUAAGCCUUAUCAGUUCUUUCUUUCGUCUUCCACUUUCCUCUAGAGUCUGAUACUAUUAUGACAUUAUUUGUUGAAACUAGAAACUACUUAGUAGUCUUCUUCUUCUCUCUCUCUCUCUCUCUCUCUCUCCCUCUCUCUCUCUCUCUCUCUCUCUCUCUCUCUCUCUCUCUCUCUCUCUCUCUCUCUCU